UCGGCCGCGUCGCCGCGCGCCGAGGGGAAUCUGCGGCGGCCGUUGGCCGUUGGCGCGGCUUGGGCGGUUGUCUUGGAGAAGCAAGAUGGCGGCGACGGCGGCCGCGGUGGUGCCGGAGGAGGACACGGAGCUGCGAGACCUGCUGGUGCAGACGCUGGAGAACAGCGGGGUCCUGAACCGAAUCAAGGCCGAACUCCGAGCAGCUGUAUUUUUAGCACUGGAAGAGCAAGAAAAAGUAGAGAACAAAACUCCUCUAGUCAAUGAGAGCCUGAGAAAGUUUUUGAACACGAAAGAUGGCCGGCUGGUGGCCAGUCUGGUUGCCGAGUUUCUUCAGUUUUUCAAUCUUGACUUCACCUUGGCCGUUUUUCAGCCUGAAACUAGCACGUUUCAAGGUCUUGAAGGUCGAGAGAAUUUAGCACGGGAUCUAGGUAUUAUUGAAGCAGAAGGUACUGUGGGUGGACCUUUGUUACUAGAAGUGAUCAGACGCUGUCAACAGAAAGAGAAAGGAUCAGCCAACGGGGAGGGUGCCCUGGAUCUCUCUGACGUGCAUUCUCCACCAAGGUCACCGGAAGGCAGGACGAGCACCCACAGCGGCCCCAGCAAGAUACCAAGGUAUACAGGACAAGGUAAGAAGAAGACAAGCAGGCGGAAGUCUGGUGCCAAGAAGGCCAACAAUGAGGCCAGUCAGAGUGACACGAGUGUCUCUUCCUCAGAACCAAAGAGCAAAAGCAGCCUCCACUUGCUGACCCACGAAACAAAAAUUGGCUCUUUCCUAAGUAACAAAAGUCUAGAUGUCAAAGACAAAGCUGGUCUUUGUCCAGAUGAAGAGGAUAUGGAAGGGGACUCUUUCUUUGAUGAUCCCAUUCCUAAACCAGAAAAAACUUAUGGUUGGAGAAACGAGCCCAGCAAGCCCGCUGGCAGCCUUGCCUCGCUCUCCGACGCGCCCCCCCUGAGCUGCGGACGCAGCUCCCUGACAGCCGCCCCCUCCAGGAAGGACUCCGAAAGUAAAAGAGGAAACCCGGUUUUGAAAGAUCUGAAGUUGGUCAGUGAUAAAGUUGGAUCACUUGGAUUAGGGACUGGAGAAGAAGAUGAUUAUGUUGAUGAUUUUAACAGUACCAGCCAUCGCUCAGAAAAAAGUGAGCUAAGUAUUGGUGAAGAGAUCGAAGAAGAUCUUUCUGUGGAGAUCGAUGACAUCAACACCAGCGAUAAACUUGAUGACCUGACUCAGGACCUGACCGUGUCCCAGCUCAGUGAUGUGGCGGAUUAUCUGGAAGACGUUGCAUGACGUGAAAGAAGGAAGUAUUCUAAUCAACAGAGGACAGAGGACUCUGAUCACUUCCAUUUUCUUUUCCCCCCAGACAAUCACUCUUUGCUAGAAUGUCUGCUUCCUAUUGGUGCCUUGUGUUUCAAAAAGACUGCAGAUGUUUUUAAAAAUUGACUUUGCAUUAUACUAAACAAAAUGCUUCCUACUUGAGUCCACAUGUGGAAGAUAGAAUAUUCUCAAUUUGGUUUGCUACACAUUUCUCUGUGGAAGUUGAUUAUCUAUGACUGAGAUUCCUUACAGGGAGUGAACCCGUUAAAAUAUGAGUACUAAGAGCAUCCUGCAAGGUGUGAAUAAAGCUGUAGGUUCACACAGCUGUGUGUGUGUGUGUGUGUGUGUGUGUGUGUGUGUGUGUGUGGCUUUAGCCAUCUAGAAUCAGAGUGUGUCUGAUGUUAGCUGGUUCUCCAGAUGGUGGGCAGAAUGACCUGGUAAGUUCGUAGCACUGAAGCCUGUUACUUUAAGUUAAAUCUGAUGUGUCCGCUUUAUCGUAUAUUCCCUUCCGCCUGGAAGUGUUCUUAGGCCAGGAAGCUUGUGUUAAAACACUUGUGUGUGUGCUGCCUAGUUGUGCUCACUUUGAAGACAUCUAGAGGUUGCUCUUUUAACUCCCGGAGUUGUCACCAACAGCGCUGGUUGUCACUGCCCCUGUCUUGACGAGGAGCUUCAGUCACAGGCUGUCUUCUUUAUAGUUAGUUAUUGUUUGUGAAGAUAUCUGCAAGCAUGCGGAAUAGCAGGAUGCGUCUGAAGCCGUUAAGCAGGGCUUUUAGUUCAGCCGUGUAGGCUGAUGGCAUUAAUCCAGGUCGGGCUGGGACAGCGGUCACCGCCUAACAACACGUCCAGACUGACAGCCUUUAUCCACGUAUCGGUGCCCCGCGGGCCUCUGCACACAGGGCCGGGGCUGGGUGGGGGGCGGCGCCCCUGGCCCCGGCCCCACACCUGCCGAGCUGCUGUCCGCUGGUCACCGAGGUCUCCGUACUGAACAGCCGAGAGGGAGGCCUACACGUCCCUGUGAAUGUGAGUGACACUGUGAUUGUGUUACAGUCUGUACUUUUUUAUUUGAAUUAAAUUAUGUUUUUUAUUAAAAGUCACCUUUAUUAAUAAAGAGUCACCUAGACCUAC